AUGAUAAUCAAGCGGGACUUGAAAUCGCGAAUGCCGAGUCUCAAGCGGUGUAAACUCGAGGAGUCGGGGUGUGAGCCGGACGAUACCUCGGCUUCGUCGCGGAAGAAGAAGAGGAAGCUCGGCGGCGAUGGAUACUGCCCGCUCAAUUUCCUUGGCCAGGUCGCCAACGGCGUGAUUCCUGACGGAUUCCGUGGGAUUCUCGGCGGAGGUCACAGGGGAGGAGGUUUUGCGGCUUCGUGGUGCACCGAGGUGUCGUGCUCGUCGCCCGGUGAGGAGGAGUUGGAGUCAGACUCGCAAUUGGAGGUUCCGGUUGCCGUCGGAGGAAGUAGCCGGGCUGCGGCGGCUGAGGUUUCACGACCCCCGGUUGUCCGGACGUCCAGAGGCCGGGUUCAGGUACUCCCUUCCCGGUUUAACGAUUCAGUGAUUGAGAAUUGGAGGAAAGAGGAGAAGGCUAGUACUAGUUUGCAGGAUGAUAGCUUGGAGGAUGAUGUUGUCCAAUGUGAUGCCAGUACCAGUAGGAAGUUGAAAGAGAGAGUAAAGUUCAGCUCGAAAACUCCUAGGAUAGUUGCUAGUAAUGCCAGAAACCAGCGGAAUUACGACAGGGUUACUAAUUUCCACAGUAGUAAAGGAGCGGUUACUCUGUUUGACGAAGAAGACAGUCUAGAAGUGGAGUACAAAAGCUUCGACAUGAAAAAGUAUUCCAGUUCUCGAAGUACACUAACGUCGCUGCAUGAGCAAUUACCGGACGAUGACAAAUGUGGAAUCGUUGCUGUAACUGGCAGCGCAGAGAGGUAUAAGAAGAAAGACGGAUUGUUUGGGCCUGAGGACUUCUACUCCGGUGAUAUUGUCUGGGCAAAGGCAGGGACGAUGGACCCAUUUUGGCCGGGCAUUGUGAUUGACCCCAUGACUCAGGCACCGGAGCUGGUUCUAAGGUCUUGUAUACCUGACGCAGCUUGUCUAAUGUUUUUGGGCUAUUCUGGGGACGAUCAAAGGGAUUAUGCUUGGGUGAAGAGAGGCAUGAUCUUUCCAUUUAUGGAUUUUGUUGACAGGUUCCAGAAGCAGCCAUUGAAUGACUACAAAGCCAGCGAUUUCCAGAUGGCAAUCGAGGAAGCGUUCAUGGUAGAACAGGGAUUUACAGAGAAGUUGAUGCAGGAAAUAAAUCUGAUAGCUGGAAAUACCGCUUGUGAUGAACCGGCAUUAAGAUGGUUACAAGAGGCUAGCGGUUCAAACCAAUAUCAGGAUUCUCAAUCCCCAAACCAGGUGAUGUUCAUGAAGAAGAAGAAUAAGUGGUCUUGUGAAGGAUGUGGGAUUUAUCUGUCUCCUAAAUUGUCGAAGAAUACAAAAUCUCCAAGUCCAGGAGGCCAACUCUUAUGCAAAACAUGUGCCAGGUUAACCAAGUCAAAACAUUGCUGCGGAAUAUGUAAAAAGUUCUGGAACCAUUCAGAUAGUGGGAGCUGGGUGCGAUGCGAUGGGUGUAAGGUUUGGGUUCAUGCAAAAUGCGAUAAAAUUUCUAGAAAUCGAUUUAAGGACCUGGGGGCAACUGAUUAUUACUGUCCUCCUUGCCAAGCAAAGUUUAAUUUUGAAUUGUCUGAUUCAGAAAGAUGUGAGCCAAAAUCCAAGUCGAGUAUCGGGAAACAACCUCCACCUAACAAAGUUUCUGUAAUAUGUUCCGGUGUAGAAGGCAUAUAUUACCCAAGCUUCCACAUGGUUAUCUGCAAAUGUGGAACCUGUGGGACCGAGAAACAACCGCUGAGUGAAUGGGAGAGGCACACGGGUUCGAAAAUUAGAAAUUGGAGGACCAGCAUCAGGGUCAAAGAUUCCAUGCUGCCUUUAGAACAAUGGAUGAUGCAGUUGGCAGAGUAUCACGCACGCACUGUAUCAACUAAACCUUCAAAAAAGCCUUCCAUUAAAGAGCGGAAGCAGAAACUGCUGGCCUUUCUGCAAGAGAAAUAUGAGCCUGUUCAUGCCAAGUGGACAACUGAACGUUGUGCUGUAUGUAGAUGGGUUGAAGAUUGGGACUACAACAAAAUUAUUAUCUGUAACAGAUGUCAGAUAGCUGUUCAUCAGGAAUGUUAUGGAGCAAGGCAUGUACAGGAUUUUACUUCAUGGGUUUGUAAAGCAUGUGAAACUCCUGAAAUUAAGCGAGAGUGUUGCCUUUGUCCUGUCAAAGGCGGUGCUCUGAAGCCAACUGAUGUCCAGACACUGUGGGUCCAUGUUACAUGUGCUUGGUUUCGACCUGAAGUUUCUUUUGCUAGUGAUGAAAAGAUGGAGCCGGCUCUUGGGAUUUUAUGUAUUCCUUCAAAUUCUUUUGUGAAGAUUUGUGUCAUUUGUAAGCAGAUACAUGGGUCAUGCACCCAAUGCUGCAAAUGUUCAACUUAUUACCAUGCUAUGUGUGCUUCACGGGCUGGUUAUCGCAUGGAGUUGCAUUGCUCUGAGAAAAAUGGAAAACAAAUGACGAAGAUGGUUUCUUACUGUGCAUAUCACAGGGCUCCAAAUCCAGAUACAGUCUUGAUUAUACAGACUCCUGCAGGGGUAUUUUCUGCCAAAAGUCUUCUCCAAAAUAAGAAGAGGGCUGGCACACGGCUGAUCUCGUCUAGUAGUAUAAAACCCGAAGAAGUCUCCGCGGAAGAAAUGCCAGAGGUUGAGCCACUAUCUGCUGCACGGUGCCGGGUUUUCCAAAGAGCUAAUAACAACCGAAAGAGAACACCGGAUGAAGCUGUAACUCACCGCCUGACAAGAGUAUCUCACCAUCCUUUAGCCAUGAUACAGAGUUUGAAUGCGUUAAGGGUGGUAGAGGAGCCCAAAAGUUUUUCUUCGUUUAGGGAACGACUGUACCACUUGCAGAAAACCGAGCGCACUAGAGUCUGCUUUGGGAGAUCAGGUAUACAUGGAUGGGGCCUCUUUGCCCGGAGGAACAUUCAAGAAGGAGAAAUGGUUCUUGAAUAUCGAGGUGAACAGGUGAGGGGCAGUAUUGCAGAUCUGAGGGAAGCACGCUACCGUUCAGAAGGAAAAGACUGCUAUUUAUUUAAGAUCAGUGAAGAGGUAGUUGUGGAUGCAACCGAUAAAGGAAAUAUAGCACGCCUCAUUAACCAUUCAUGUAUGCCGAAUUGCUAUGCAAGGAUCAUGAGUGUGGGUGAUGAUGAAAGUCGCAUCGUCCUCAUCGCGAAGACAAAUGUAUCUGCUGGUGACGAAUUAACGUAUGAUUACUUGUUCGACCCUGACGAGCCGGAUGAAUUCAAAGUCCCGUGCCUGUGUAAAUCACCGAACUGCAGGAAGUUCAUGAAUUAG